AUGGACGGCACGGAAGGCAAUGCCGGGCAACCUGGCCCCGCUGAGCGGUCCCAUCGAAGCAGUGUGUCCUCCGUGGGAGCCCGAGCAGCUGACGUGCUGGUGUACCUGGCGGAUGACACGGUGGUGCCCCUGGCCGUGGAGAACCUGCCCUCGCUCAGUGCCCACGAGCUGCACCGUGCUGUCCGUGAGGUCCUGCAGCUCCCGGACAUCGCCCUGGAGGCCUUCGCGCUCUGGCUUGUCUCCCCUCUGCUGGAGGUGCAGCUGAAGCCCAAGCACCAGCCCUACAAGCUGGGCCGCCAGUGGCCAGAACUGCUGCUGCGCUUCACCGACGCCCCGGACGACGACGUGGCCAUGGAUGAGCCUGCCCUGCAGUUCCGAAGGAACGUGUUUUUCCCAAGGCGGCGGGAGCUCCAGAUCCACGACGAGGACGUCCUUCGGCUGCUCUAUGAGGAGGCCAAGGGCAACGUGCUGGCUGCUCGGUACCCGUGUGACCUCGAGGACUGCGAGGCCCUGGGCGCCCUGGUGUGCCGUGUGCAGCUCGGGCCCUACCAGCCUGGCCUGCCCGCUGCCUGCACCCUGAGGGAGAAGCUGGACUCCUUCCUCCCUGCCCACCUCUGUAAGCGGGGCCACGGGCUCUUCGCUGCGCUCCGGGGCCGGGGGACCAAGGCUGGGACAGGCGAGCAGGGCCUGCUGAAUGCCUACCGCAGGGUGCAGGAAGUAGUCGGCGAGCACGAGGCCUCCCUGAGCACCCACUACCGUGCCUACCUCCUCAAGUGCCACGAGCUGCCCUUCUACGGGUGUGCCUUCUUCCAUGGUGAAGUUGACAAGCCAGCCCAGAGCUUUUUACACCGGGGUGGGCGAAAGCCAGUGGCCGUAGCCAUCAGUCUGGAGGGCGUGCAUGUCAUCGACAGCAGGGAGAAGCACGUCCUGCUGGGCCUGCACUUCCAGGAGCUGUCAUGGGACCACACCUCCCCUGAGGAGGAGGAGUCCGCCCUGUGGCUGGAGUUCGACGGGGACAAUGAAGGCACGCCGGUCAACAAGCUCCUGAAGAUCUACUCCAAGCAGGCUGAACUGAUGAGCAGCCUCAUUGAGUACUGCAUUGAGCUGAACCACACCGCCGAGCCCGCCGCCACCCAGGAGAGCGUGUCUGGUCCCACCGCGGCCCCCGGCUCCCUGCCACCUCCUGCUCAGCGCCCCCAGCUGCGGAGGCAGGGCAGCGUGGUGUGCAGCCGGAUCCAGCAUCUUUCCACCAUUGACUACGUGGAGGAGGGCCAAGUCUCCCCCACCCAGCCCUGGGAACGUUGCCGGGACUAGACUGAUGAGGCAGAUCUCGGCGAGGGUGGCAGCGCUCCCCUUUGGACUUUCCCUCUGGGUUCGGUGCUAGCCUCUUCUGUGAGCUUGCUCUGCCCCUCCUCCUCCCUUUAACUCUCUCCACGUUAUCCCUUCACUUAAAACCUUGCUUCUGGUAACCUGGGAAGCCUGGGAAAGUUGCUGAAGUCCCUGUUGGAGUCGGUAUUGUUGGUAAUCGCAAGGAGGAAGGGCCUUCCCGCUGAGACUGGGGUGGGGCGGGUUGGUGUUGCUUGCUGGUGGAGAGGGUGGGGAUCGAGCCCACCCUUGGGUGGGCCCGCAGCUGUGGCUCCAGCCGAAAGUUACAAAAAUGCCUCAUGGACCGUGGUUUGUUAUAGUGUUCAUCAUGGCGACCAGAUGGCACCAGGAGAAAUGGAGCCCCUGGCCAGUGUGAGUCAUAGCAGUGCAGGAGGGGAGACCCUGGAGGAGAGAGCCCGCCUAAACGGAUGCCUGCAGAUUGAAUUUCCAGAGGCUUAGGAGGAGGAAGUUUUCCAGUGUCGUGUUUCCAGGCCUUGCUCAGGAAGCCCUGUAUUCAGGAGGCCAUCACUUCGGGUUUUCAGAUGAGCUUGAGGGGGCAAUCUUAAGUCCAAAGCAGAUGCAUCCGGGGCGUCGGCAGAUGUGUUUGACUGUUUGAUCCAGGAGCACCAAUCUCCAGGCGCAUGAAUGCCAGCAGGCGCCUCUCCUCUCCUGGGGUGGAGGUUUUUCAGAUGCUGCAUCUAGGUUGAGCCUCCUGUCAUACUAGUUCUUCUGUGCUACGAACCUUGCUUCAAGAAGAUUCUUAAGCUGUAGGACGUUUCAAUGUGAUGCCACAACACCUUGUAGAUGGAGCUGGCAGAUGGAGCCCAGUGACCCUGUUACCUACCCUCCUACCUACCUGCCUGCCUGCCUGCCUGCCUGUGUGUUGGUCGGAGGAAUUCUUAGUGUGAUGAUGUCAUCUGUGUGGGAAGGUGUUCAAGUUUGAAAUGCCUGAGACAAAUACGUAGAUGAAGCAGACUGGCAAACUGGGAGGGGGGUCAUUGUUGUGCUAGAGUCUGGGAGGGUACAAGUUGGUCAUGUGCAAGUUCUGGUAGAAAUGGCAGGUCUAGUUUGGGUAUUCGGAUUGCGUUGUGGAUUUCUAAGAGAAGGGAAUGGUUAGGGUCCCAUAGUGAUCUUUGAUUCAUCUUGCUCUGUAUGUUUUUUGACUUGAAUUUCACCUGAUUAGAUUUCAGAAUAAUCUUGGCUUUCAAAAGGGAGGACCCUGAGGUGAGGGUUGUAGGUGAGGGGGAGGGCCCAGCUUGGCACUGGUACUGGGGAGGGGUGGUGGGGGUGAAGAAAGGGAGAGGGUUGGUUGGGUGUUUGUUGCAGAGGGUGGGGGUGGCAGGGAAUGUGGUUUGAAGGGGGAAUUCUCUGGAGAAAAGAUCAGUAGGCAGGGCUCUGAGGAGUUUAAUAGAGUUCAUGGGCAAAGAAAAGGCUGGUUAAUACUAGUAAAUUGCUAAUGCUAAUUGUUGCUUGGAAGCACAGAAAUUGCUUGGGAACUUUCUAAAGAGCUUAGAACUCUUAAGUGCAAGGGAAAAAGCAAAAUUGUUUUGCUCUGCUGCAAGGUGGGGAAGUCUGAAUAUCAGUCACUUGAAAGAAGGGUGUCCAAACCUUGCAUCAGCAGGGGAUUAAGGUCCUUGACUGCUUUGCAAGCUUCUUAAGUGGUAUAUCUGAAGCUGAAUGUGUUCGGUAUUCAGGAGCAGUUAAGUCUUAGGAAAAAAACUUUAAAUGCCCAAAUUGUGGGCUUUUAAAGUGGGGUUUUUUUUUUUAUUUUUUUGGUGUGCACUUAAGAGAUUAGAUGUACUUUUCUGGGUUUGUAACUCAUACUUGUUCACCAAGAUAUUUUGUGAUUGAAAUUUCUGAGCAAAGUGAAAAACAGUGAUCUCUAAAGGAAGUUUAUGUUACGUUGUGCCUUAUAAACACAUCUCGUCUUUGUGGUCAGUAUUAAUAACAGCAAAAGUUGCCUGCUGUCCUCUCUUCAUACUCAUUGUAACCAGGAGAACCAAGUAGCCUUUUGUGGUCACUGUAAACUUACUGUAAUAUUCGGUAGCAAACAAUCCAUGUGCCCUUGCUAAGGCUGGAGUUAAUAACCAUUGUAUCUUUAGUUUGAAUGUUUGUGCCUUUUAAUGAUCCAGUAUUAGAGGGGAAACUGAGCAAAAAUCAGUUUGGGGAAUAAAAGCAAAACUGGGGUGCGAGGGGGCCCUCACUAAAAGUGGUCUGUGUGUAAAAAUUAGGGGAAAGAUCUGAAAACCCUUCAUGAUAAUACUUGUUUGCGAGGUGCAUCUAUUGAAUUGGUAAAUUAAUAUCUGGGUUUUUAUCAUGUCCUUCACCUUACGUUCUACUUUAAAAACUUUAAAUCCACAAUACUUUUUGCCCUUGGGAUUUCUUUUUCUGUCUUCUGGGGUUUUUUUAUUGUUGUUUUAACGUUUAAAAAUAUGUUGGCAUCAUAGUUUCGUUCUUAACCUGUGACUUGGGCGUGGUAUAAUUACUGUCAUUGGCGUUUACAGAGUGUUAGUCAUGGGUGUGUGAGGAAAUAUGUUCUGGUACACUGUUGUGAAAUUGAAACUGUAAAACUAGAUGGUUAAAGUAAUUGUAUGUCCUGUAUGGUAAGAGCUGGUCGUGGUGCAUCAUGUACGUGAUUACUAAUCAUUUUUCUUCCCCUUUACAGAACAAAUAAAGGUUUGAGUUGUAAACUCAUUGGAA